AUGAAACCUUUUUUGGUGUGUUUCUUGUUUGUAGAUUUAACGCUGACGUUGACAUGGACCACCAGCUGGGCCCCCGUCUCAUCCUAAGCGCUCGAACCCUCAACACGCUGGUGGUGUGUCCGCUCUACAUCAGCGCCGCCUACCACCACCUCCAGUGUUUCAGAGUGCUGCUCCGAGCCGGCGCGCAGCCCGACUUCAACUACACGGGACCCGUCUGCCACGAGGCUCUGGCGCGGGGCCUGGCCUCCUGCCUGCUGGACGCGGUGCUGCGACACGGAUGUGACGUGGCCUUCGUCCACCUGCUGCUGGACCACGGGGCUAACCCCGCUUUCGUGUCCUGGGGCGAGUCUGAACUCCAGGCUCCAAAUCGAAGGAAAGUUGAACCAGAGGCACUAAAGGUUUUCCUGGAGGCAAAAAGAAACCCUCGUAGACUGGUACAUCUGUGCCGCAUCAGGAUCCGCAGAACGAUGGGCAAAAAACGUCUUAACUGCAUAUCCUCACUGCCAGUACCAGAUCCCAUCAAGAACUUCCUGCUCCACCAAAACUGACCCAAACUGUGGCUUUCCUCAUCUUGUGAAGCGGUCAUCCUCAGUGAGUCCCAAACAGCGCUCCCGGUGUUCAGAUGUUAGCACGCCAUCCUUUUGCCUGAUUUGCUUCUUUCUAAAGAAGCUGUUCUCAAACGGUGAACCUCUGUCUGCGUCCUACAGUGGAUUAUUGCCUUGUGAUCCCCUAAAUCCUCAAGAUGUCUCCUGGUAUUUUUAAAUUUAACAGGCAGAAUAAAUGUCUUCUGAUGGAAAAAAAAGACUUAUAAAUAUAUACAUAGAUAUAUAUAGAUAUCUAUAGAUAUAGAUAGAUAUUUGAAUGUUAAUUUAUGGGGGGUAGAUGUACUGAAACAUGUUAUUGAAUGUCUCCUGAGUGUUUAUACUGAUAAAUAGAUCAUAUCCACAGAUGUUGCAGGUUUCUUUGGAUACAAAGAAAGCUCUUGUGUUCUUCUGCAGCCUUCAGUCUUUUUUUAAUUUUGGUUUCCUUGAAAGAACAACUCUCCACAUUUGGACAAAACACUGCAGUUUGAAAGUGAUGCAAUAUGUUGAUUCUAUUUUAUUCUGUUGCUCUGACAAUCUAGGUAAUACCUUGUUAAUAAGUUGUGAUUUUAAUUUAAAAAAAGACAGAAUUUAGGGCGUUUUGUUUUCAAUAACCAGAAUGAUGCCUUCUCAGUGAUGCUAUUGCACUUAAUGUUUCUUGUGUGUGCACGGCGUAUACAAAAUGAAAGUACUUUUCAAAGAUGUACAACUAUAAAUGUGUUUUUGUUUCUUUGUUUUCUACAUUUCACUGUAAUUUGCUUACAUUAAAUGUAAUCAGGAGAAUCUCUCCAA